AAAUCGAGAGAUUGGUGGAGAGAGGAAGAACACUGGGGGAGAAGAACACAAGUGUGCAGCGUGCGUGUGUGGAGGCGAGAGGAGGAAGACGAAGGCGAGGAGGGAGGAGGUAGCUGCGCGCGGGCGAUGGAGGUGGGGUUCCUGGGGCUGGGCAUCAUGGGGAAGGCAAUGGCGGCCAACCUCCUCCGCCACGGCUUCCGCGUCACCGUCUGGAACCGGACUCUCUCCAAGUGCCAGGAGCUCGUCGCGCUGGGCGCCGCCGUGGGGGAGACGCCGGCGGCCGUCGUCGCCAAGUGCAGAUACACCAUCGCCAUGCUCUCCGACCCCAGCGCCGCGCUAUCUGUUGUAUUCGACAAGGACGGCGUGCUCGAGCAGAUUGGGGAAGGGAAGGGUUAUGUGGACAUGUCCACUGUUGAUGCCGCCACUUCUUGCAAGAUAAGCGAGGCUAUAAAACAAAAAGGUGGGGCUUUUGUUGAAGCUCCAGUUUCAGGAAGCAAAAAGCCAGCUGAAGAUGGCCAAUUGGUCAUUCUUGCUGCAGGGGACAAGGUAUUGUAUGAUGAUAUGGUCCCUGCAUUUGAUGUACUUGGGAAAAAGUCGUUCUUUUUGGGAGAGAUUGGAAAUGGAGCAAAGAUGAAACUGGUGGUCAACAUGAUCAUGGGAAGUAUGAUGAAUGCUUUGUCUGAGGGACUCUCUCUGGCUGAUAACAGUGGUUUGAGCCCCCAGACACUUCUUGAUGUCCUGGACCUUGGCGCCAUCGCGAAUCCAAUGUUCAAGCUGAAAGGGCCCUCGAUGCUGCAAGGCAGCUACAACCCUGCAUUUCCCCUGAAACACCAGCAGAAGGAUAUGAGGUUGGCACUUGCCCUAGGAGACGAGAACGCUGUCUCCAUGCCAGUGGCAGCUGCUUCCAACGAGGCGUUCAAGAAAGCAAGAAGCUUGGGACUAGGGGACCUGGAUUUCUCAGCGGUUUACGAGGUACUGAAGGGCGCAGGUGGCUCAGGCAAGGCGUGAAACUCUGAACGCUAGAAUCCAUUCUUCAGAAUCUGCCCAUUGCCGUGCAGGUUUGCUACAGUGAUCGGCAUCGAACCACGCAGCAUAUGUCAUCGUAUUGAUACUACUGGGUAACCAGUGUGAACGAUGUAGUUGCAGGUUAAGUACUACAGCUUGCGUGAACUUCAUCCCAAUAAUAAAGAUAUAUAUAGCUCUGUUAUGCGAUGCAA